CAGGAUUCCUACUCCAGAUUCAAUGGUGCUUGCUUGAUUAAGCAUGUCGACGUGCAAAGCUGCCAUCCGCCAAUGGCCUCGUUACCUCCCUCGCCAAGCGCCUCGCAUCCCUUUCCCUCGUUCUAGCCGCCCGUUGCUCCAACGUCCUGUUCUGUGCCGGUCAUACGCUUCCAUCUCCGCCGCGGAGCUCAAAUUCGGCCAACCGCUACACGAGACCCAUCCUCACAUCCUGAAUCCUGGCGAACUGACUCCUGGGAUCACGGCCCUCGAGUAUGCCCAGCGCCGCUCACGACUCGCGAACAAACUGCCCAAAUAUGCCGUCGCCGUUCUAGCUGCCGCGGAGGUAACCUAUCGUGCAUCGGGCAUCUUCCACGAAUACCGCCAGGACUCGAAUUUCUUUUACCUUACAGGUUUCAACGAACCCAAUGCGUUGGCCAUCGUCGCAAACGACGGGUCGGGGAACAAUCAUCUCUUCCAUCUUUACGUUCGGGAGAAGGAUGCCAAGGCCGAACUCUGGGAUGGAGCUCGGUCAGGUACCCGUGCAGCCAUUGAUGUUUUCAAUGCAGACGAAUCGGGUGAUAUUGAAAGCAUCAGCGACCUCCUCCCCAAGAUCCUUUCGGAGGCUAAGGAGAUCUAUACGGACAUUCCGGCCUUCAACCCGGGUAGAUCGUCCCUGCAUCGAUACAUAUACGGCCCUACGGGUGCUUCCGACAAGCUCAAGAAGGUGGUUGACUACCGCAAGGUGAAGUCGCUGCGCCCCAUUCUCAACGAGAUGAGAGCCUUCAAGAGUGAGGAUGAAGUCGUGCAGUUGCGUCGGGUUGGACAGGCUUCCGGGAGAGCGUUCACCGAGUCCAUGAGGCAGACGUUCACCCGAGAGAAGGACCUGACCUCUUUCUUGGAGUAUAACUUUAAGCGCAAUGGCUGUGACGGUAGUGCGUUUGUUCCAGUCGUCGCGGGUGGUUCCAAUGCAUUGAGUAUCCACUACACAAGGAACGAUGAUGUCUUGAGGGACGGAGAUAUGGUUCUAGUUGAUGGAGGUGGAGAGGCGGGCACUUACAUCUCCGACAUUACCAGAACGUGGCCAGUGAACGGCAAAUUCUCCGACCCCCAGCGUGACCUUUACAACGCAGUGCUGAACGUGCAUCGCAACUGCGUCUCCCUCUGCCGGGAAGACGCCGGGCUGAGUCUGGACCGCCUGCAUACCAUUGCCGAGAACGGUCUGCGAGACCAAUUGAGCCAACUUGGAUUUGAUCUCUCCGGAGACGCCAUGGGAACCCUGUUCCCCCACCACCUGGGUCAUUAUGUUGGACUUGACGUCCACGAUUGCCCCGGGUAUUCCCGCGGUUAUAACCUUAAAGCAGGUCAAUGCGUUACUGUGGAACCAGGUAUCUACGUCCCCGACAGUGACCGGUGGCCGGAGAAAUUCCGAGGCAUCGGAAUCCGCAUUGAGGACAGCGUCUGCGUUGGGGAUGAGAACCCAAUUGUCCUGACCAUGGAGGCGGUGAAAGAGGUCGACGAUAUCGAGGCCCUUCGAGACUAGGUGGGGUGUCGGAGACGGCUGGAAGAUGUAGAGAUACCCUUGCAUUAUGAUUGUACAAUAGGAAUCAGAUCUUGAAUAUGGAUAGACAGAAUAGCAGGUGAUUACGAG